GCCGGCCAAUGGGCGCCGGGCGGGGCCGCCUGUCAUGGCCGCCCCCACGCCGCGGCCCUGAGCGCCCCCAGCCCGCCGGAGCCGCCGAGGCCGCGCCGCGCCGCCGCCACCGCCGCCGCCAUGGGCACCGUGCACGCCCGGAGUUUGGAGCCUCUUCCAUUGGCUGGGCCAGACUUUGGUGCUUUGGGAGAGGAAGCUGAACUGGUUGAAGUUGAACCUGAGGCCAAGCAGGAAAUUCUUGAAAACAAAGAUGUGGUGGUUCAGCAUGUGCACUUCGAUGGACUUGGAAGGACCAAAAAUGACAUCAUCAUGUGUGAAAUCGCUGAUGUCUUCAAGGCAAGAAAUCUCAUUGAUGUGAUGAGAAAAUCCCAUGAAGCUCGUGAGAAGCUGCUUCGUCUGGGAAUCUUCAGACAAGUGGAUGUUCUGAUUGAUACCUGCCAAGGAGAUGAUGCCCUUCCAAAUGGUUUAGAUGUGACCUUUGAGGUAACAGAAUUGAGAAGGCUAACUGGGAGCUAUAACACCAUGGUUGGCAACAAUGAAGGCAGCAUGGUGCUUGGGCUUAAGUUCCCAAAUCUCUUUGGACGUGCAGAAAAGGUGACCUUCCAGUUCUCCUAUGGAACAAAGGAAACUUCAUAUGGCUUGUCCUUCUUCAAACCACGGCCUGGAAACUUUGAAAAAAAUUUUUCAGUUAAUAUAUACAAAGUAACUGGACAGUUCCCUUGGAGCUCUCUUCGAGAAACAGACAGAGGAGUAUCAGCAGAAUUUAAUUUUCCCAUCUGGAAGACCAGUCACACACUGAAGUGGGAAGGUGUGUGGAGAGAGCUUGGCUGCCUUGCUAGAACAGCAUCCUUUUCUGUUCGAGAGGAAAGUGGACACUCUCUAAAGUCUUCUCUCUCUCAUGCCAUGGUAAUUGAUUCCCGGAACUCCACAAUCUUGCCAAAACGAGGUGCUUUGCUGAAAAUCAAUCAGGAGUUGGCUGGCUAUACAGGUGGAGAUGUGAGCUUCCUGAAAGAGGAUUUUGAACUUCAGUUGAAUAAGCAACUGAUUUGGGAUUCGGUUGUUUCAGCAUCACUCUGGGGUGGAAUGCUUGUACCUAUUGGAGACAAACCAUCCAGUAUAGCUGACAGGUUUUACCUGGGUGGACCAACAAGUGUGCGUGGAUUCAGCAUGUACAGCAUUGGACCCCAGAGUGAAGGUGAUUAUUUGGGAGGAGAAGCCUUCUGGGCUGGAGGGUUGCAUCUCUACACCCCUCUCCCUUUCCGGCCUGGCCAAGGAGGGUUUGGAGAUCUUUUCCGAACACAUUUCUUCCUUAAUGCUGGAAAUCUCUGCAAUCUCAACUAUGGUGAGGGUCCCAGGGCACACCUGCAGAGGCUGGCAGAGUGCAUCCGCUGGUCCUACGGCGCGGGGAUAGUGCUGCGCCUGGGGAACAUCGCCCGGCUGGAGCUCAACUACUGCUUCCCCAUGGGAGUACAGGCUGGAGACAGGAUAUGCGAUGGUGUUCAGUUUGGAGCAGGAAUAAGAUUUCUAUAACAGAAAUAUUUUACAUCACUAAAUGAAAUUGUGAUGGAGAUGAAAUCAAGACUAUAACAUACUUCAAAAUGGUCUUUUUUUCCUUGAAAUGCAGAUACACAGCUGAGUGAUUUACCUUUUGGACUCCACAAGAAACCAUAUUAAAUAAUUAUGCUCUAAAGGUUCAUUGUACCUCUGAUUCUUAUCAAAGAUGGGAGAGUGUUUGUAGGAGUCUAUCUUACACAUUUUAGUUGUUGGUUUUUACUUCCAAGAGUUGUGUCAGAUAUUGGCUCUUGGGUAUGGUUCAUAGAAUUUGAGUUUUAUUGGUCUGCACAGCUUUCCCUCUUCCAACCACAAGUCCUCAAAAAAGCUUUUAUGAGUCAAAAAUGAUACCAUUUUAAUGGUUCUAAAUAAUUUAAAAUGUUCUGAUUUGAAUAUAUUUCAGUAUUGUAAAUCACUUCUGUUUAAAUGCCUCCUACAAUCUGAAUUGCAUUCUGUAAAAAUUCAAGCCAUCUGUCUAGCAUAGUAAAUACUAAAAUUAUAAUUUUGAAACUUU